ACUACCCUUGUGUACACAACGAGUGUAGAAUCAUCCACUGGGUCUGAGGUUACCACUCAGGGUCUUUCUUCAACAACAAAACCAUUUAGAGCUGAAACUACUCUUUCAACCACCACACCAGUCGUCCCAUCCACUACUGUUAUUCCCGAAGAAGGAAGCACCACUGCCCAACCAUCUACAGAAUCAUCAACUCCAAGCGUAGUCUCCACAACUUCAAAAUCAUCUACAGCGACUCAAACCACUGGACAACUAACUACAACUGAGAUUGUAACUGAGAAUGAAUUGAGCACAGCUCAGACACCUUUGUCCACCACCACCAGAAAACCAAAAGAGGGGACAACUGGCCUAACAAGCCAACCAACGACCACAGCAACAACCACUUUAGAAGAGGUAACAGGCACAUCAUCUGAAACAUCAACAAGCACAGCCCUGCCAGUGUCACAAACUUCAUUGCCAGUCGUUACAUCCACACAGCCAACAACCCAGACAGAGACAACUGCUGUACCAGUAACUACCCUUGUGUACACAACGAGUGUAGAAUCAUCCACUGGGUCUGAGGUUACCACUCAGGGUCUUUCUUCAACAACAAAACCAUUUAGAGCUGAAACUACUCUUUCAACCACCACACCAGUCGUCCCAUCCACUACUGUUAUUCCCGAAGAAGGAAGCACCACUGCCCAACCAUCUACAGAAUCAUCAGCUCCAAGCGUAGUCUCCACAACUUCAAAAUCAUCUACAGCGACUCAAACCACUGGACAACUAACUACAACUGAGACUGUAACUGAGAAUGAAUUGACCACAGCUCAGACACCUUUGUUCACCACCACCAGAAAACCAAAAGAGGGGACAACUGGCCUAACAAGCCAACCAACGACCACAGCAACAACCACUUUAGAAGAGGUAACAGGCACAUCAUCUGAAACAUCAACAAGCACAGCCCUGCCAGUGUCACAAACUUCAUUGCCAGUCGUUACAUCCACACAGCCAACAACCCAGACAGAGACAACUGCUGUACCAGUAACUACCCUUGUGUACACAACGAGUGUAGAAUCAUCCACUGGGUCUGAGGUUACCACUCAGGGUCUUUCUUCAACAACAAAACCAUUUAGAGCUGAAACUACUCUUUCAACCACCACACCAGUCGUCCCAUCCACUACUGUUAUUCCCGAAGAAGGAAGCACCACUGCCCAACCAUCUACAGAAUCAUCAGCUCCAAGCGUAGUCUCCACAACUUCAAAAUCAUCUACAGCGACUCAAACCACUGGACAACUAACUACAACUGAGACUGUAACUGAGAAUGAAUUGACCACAGCUCAGACACCUUUGUUCACCACCACCAGAAAACCAAAAGAGGGGACAACUGGCCUAACAAGCCAACCAACGACCACAGCAACAACCACUUUAGAAGAGGUAACAGGCACAUCAUCUGAAACAUCAACAAGCACAGCCCUGCCAGUGUCACAAACUUCAUUGCCAGUCGUUACAUCCACACAGCCAACAACCCAGACAGAGACAACUGCUGUACCAGUAACUACCCUUGUGUACACAACGAGUGUAGAAUCAUCCACUGGGUCUGAGGUUACCACUCAGGGUCUUUCUUCAACAACAAAACCAUUUAGAGCUGAAACUACUCUUUCAACCACCACACCAGUCGUCCCAUCCACUACUGUUAUUCCCGAAGAAGGAAGCACCACUGCCCAACCAUCUACAGAAUCAUCAGCUCCAAGCGUAGUCUCCACAACUUCAAAAUCAUCUACAGCGACUCAAACCACUGGACAACUAACUACAACUGAGAUUGUAACUGAGAAUGAAUUGAGCACAGCUCAGACACCUUUGUCCACCACCACCAGAAAACCAAAAGAGGGGACAACUGGCCUAACAAGCCAACCAACGACCACAGCAACAACCACUUUAGAAGAGGUAACAGGCACAUCAUCUGAAACAUCAACAAGCACAGCCCUGCCAGUGUCACAAACUUCAUUGCCAGUCGUUACAUCCACACAGCCAACAACCCAGACAGAGACAACUGCUGUACCAGUAACUACCCUUGUGUACACAACGAGUGUAGAAUCAUCCACUGGGUCUGAGGUUACCACUCAGGGUCUUUCUUCAACAACAAAACCAUUUAGAGCUGAAACUACUCUUUCAACCACCACACCAGUCGUCCCAUCCACUACUGUUAUUCCCGAAGAAGGAAGCACCACUGCCCAACCAUCUACAGAAUCAUCAACUCCAAGCGUAGUCUCCACAACUUCAAAAUCAUCUACAGCGACUCAAACCACUGGACAACUAACUACAACUGAGAUUGUAACUGAGAAUGAAUUGAGCACAGCUCAGACACCUUUGUCCACCACCACCAGAAAACCAAAAGAGGGGACAACUGGCCUAACAAGCCAACCAACGACCACAGCAACAACCACUUUAGAAGAGGUAACAGGCACAUCAUCUGAAACAUCAACAAGCAUAGCCCAGCAGGUGUCACAAACUUCAUUGCCAGUUGUUACAUCCACACAGCCAACAACCCAGACAGAGACAACUGCUGUACCAGUAACUACCCUUGUGUACACAACGAGUGUAGAAGCAUCCACUGGGUCUGAGGUUACAACUCAGGGUCUUUCUUCAACAACAAAACCAUUUAGAGCUGAAACUACUCUUUCGACCACCACACCAGUCGUCCCAUCCACUACUGUUAUUCCCGAAGAAGGAAGCACCACUGCCCAACCAUCUACAGAAUCAUCAACUCCAAGCGUAGUCUCCACAACUUCAAAAUCAUCUACAGCGACUCAAACCACUGGACAACUAACUACAACUGAGAUUGUAACUGAGAAUGAAUUGAGCACAGCUCAGACACCUUUGUCCACCACCACCAGAAAACCAAAAGAGGGGACAACUGGCCUAACAAGCCAACCAACGACCACAGCAACAACCACUUUAGAAGAGGUAACAGGCACAUCAUCUGAAACAUCAACAAGCACAGCCCUGCCAGUGUCACAAACUUCAUUGCCAGUCGUUACAUCCACACAGCCAACAACCCAGACAGAGACAACUGCUGUACCAGUAACUACCCUUGUGUACACAACGAGUGUAGAAUCAUCCACUGGGUCUGAGGUUACCACUCAGGGUCUUUCUUCAACAACAAAACCAUUUAGAGCUGAAACUACUCUUUCAACCACCACACCAGUCGUCCCAUCCACUACUGUUAUUCCCGAAGAAGGAAGCACCACUGCCCAACCAUCUACAGAAUCAUCCGCUCCAAGCGUAGUCUCCACAACUUCAAAAUCAUCUACAGCGACUCAAACCACUGGACAACUAACUACAACUGAGACUGUAACUGAGAAUGAAUUGACCACAGCUCAGACACCUUUGUCCACCACCACCAGACAACCAAAAGAGGGGACAACUGGCCUUACAAGCCAACCAACGACCACAGAAACAACCACUUUAAAAGUGGAAACACCUUUCGAAACAUCUAAAACAGUGUAUAUUUCAACCAUUUCACCAACGUCCACUCAAAAUGUUUUCUUGUCAUCCACAACCAUGGAGACCUCAAUUGCUCCUAUUACACAAACAUUAACAUCAUUUACGAAUACGCUUCCAGUGACUACAACGUCCUCUUUAUUCUCAACCACUUCUGUGGUUUGUUGUUUUGUCAAUGGCACACAUUUUCAAUCAGGUGAUAUCAUUUACAAUGUUACCGAUGGCAUUGGUUGGUGCUUCACUGCAUACUGUAAUGCAACUUGUCAUAUUGUGAAGAUUUCAACAUCAUGUGCAACCUCCCCAUCACCAUCCAUUCCUCCUGAAACAACCACAUAUUCCAGUUCAACAACCAUAAGUUCCCCUGAAACAACACAGCUUGCCACAACUAAUACAGACACAGAAGUACCAACUACCACCUAUGGGCCUAAGUGUGAUGCACUUAAUCCACCAAGACAGCCCAAUGAAACUUGGCAGAGUGGAUGUCAAAUGUGUGAGUGUGAGAGUGAAACACUGACCGUCCGUUGCCAGCCUGUAACUUGUCCUGUUUCACCACCUGUUGCUUGCGAUCAGCCUGGACAAGUGCUUGUGAACACAACAGUUGACUGCUGCGAGAUCCAAGAGUGCAGUUGUGAUGUGAACCUGUGCCCUAUUCCCAUGAUACAGUGUCCACUGGGCUUUAUACCAUCCUUCACCGUGUCUCCAGAUAACUGCUGUCCAGAUUAUAUCUGCUCCCCCAUGGAAGUCUGUGUCCAUAAUACCACAGUGUAUCAGCCUGGCUCAAUUAUACCAAGCGAUGACCCUUGUACAUUUUGUCAGUGUGGUUGGAACGUAGAUCCUGAAACAAAUCUUCUUGCUCCAGAGUGUAUGAUAGCUGACUGCAAUGAUUACUGUCCAGAGGGUCACGAGUAUCAACCCAUUCCUGGUCAGUGCUGUGGAGAGUGUGUUAGCACUGAUUGUGUGGUUAUGCAUGACAACAUCACAGUUACCGUUCCAGUUGAUCAGAUAUGGCAACCACCUAAUGACAAUUGUGUGAAAUACCAAUGUGAGAGAGUCAAUGGUAACUCAGUGACAGUGGAGGUGAAGACCACUUGCCCUGCCUUCAAUCCUGAGAACUGUAUCCCUGGAACAGAGACAAUAGAUGCAGAUGGCUGCUGUCCAACCUGCACACUGGACACCAAAUGUAAUGUCCAGAAGAACAGCACCUUCCUGGUCAUUAAUGACUGUAUAAGCAACACACCUGUGGAAAUAACCUCUUGCUCAGGCUUGUGUGAGACCUCAUCAAUAUACUCUGCAGAAGCGAACGCUCUUGUGCACUCAUGCUCUUGCUGUCAAGAAACAACAACCACCAAGAAGGAAGUGACCCUGACUUGCGCUGAUGGGUCAAAUAUCAGUCACACUUACAUUUACAUUGAGUCUUGUGGCUGCAAGGCCUCCAAUUGCUCCGGUCAAUCGACUUCCUUAAAGAGACGCCGGAGGAGAUUGUGAACCUGCGCUCUUAACUCCGUACAGUAGAGCACUUUCAAAUUAAUCUUAUGGAAUA